AUGAUGCACUUAUCCGCAAGCUCUCUGCUAUUCGCUGCCUGUAUCCUACCUCAGCUCGCAUAUGGAGAUGGCCUGAAUACUGCUGCUGUGGCCAUUAGAAAGACUUAUUUUGGAACAGGCACCGACAACCCCGAGCUGACGGACACUGCCUACGUCACGCAGCUAAACAACACAGCGGACUUCGGUCAAAUCACACCCGGAAACUCACAAAAGUGGGACGCAACGGAGCCGACACAGAAUACUUUCACUUUCACUAAUGGGGACGUCAUUGCUGACCUGGCAGAAGCCAAUGGUCAAAAGCUGCGAUGCCAUAAUUUGGUGUGGCACAACCAGCUACCCAACUGGGUUACCAGUGGUACUUGGACGAAUGAGACGCUGGUGGCGGCACUGAAGAAUCACAUCACCAAGGUUGUUACCCACUACAAGGGACAGUGCUACGCGUGGGAUGUCGUGAACGAAGCUCUUAACGAGGACGGAACAUACCGCGAAAGCCUGUGGUACACGACAAUCGGCGAAGCCUACCUCCCCAUCGCAUUCGCAACCGCCGCAGCUGCCGACUCAGAUGUCAAGCUCUACUAUAACGAUUACAAUAUCGAAUACUCUGGUGCCAAGGCAACUGGUGCGCAAAAUAUCGUCAAACUGGUGCAAUCUUACGGUGUUAAGAUUGACGGUGUCGGUCUACAAGCUCAUUUCAUUGUCGGCAGUACGCCUAGCAAGAGCUCCCAGGCAAGCACAAUGGCGGCGUAUACAGCUCUAGGAGUGGAAGUUGCUAUUACUGAGCUGGAUAUCCGGAUGACACUCCCCUCAACCCAGGCAUUGCUCUCGCAGCAGCAGACCGACUACAGCAAUACUGUCGGCGCAUGUGUCGAAACUGAGGGCUGUGUAGGCAUCACCAUCUGGGACUGGACGGACAAGUAUUCCUGGGUUCCGAGCACUUUCUCGGGUCAAGGUGAUGCGUGCCCCUGGGAUGAAAAUUUGGUGAAGAAGCCUGCAUACACUGGUAUCCUCACUGCUCUGGGAGGUGCUACAACGGCGACAGGAACUUGGACCACUUCCACCAUGUCGACCACGUCCAUUUCGAGCACAUCUACAAGCGUCGCCGCUCAUUAUGGCCAGUGCGGUGGCUCCGGCUGGACCGGGGCGACAAGUUGUGCUAGUGGGUAUACCUGCACAUACGCCAAUUCCUGGUACUCGCAGUGUCUAUAA